AUAUGAACUUGUGGGGUGAAUAGGGCAAAACCAAUUUUCAAAAAAAAGGGAGAUUAGUUUUGUGCUUGACUUUAAGUUGUAGGUCAAUUUUGCAAAAAUCCCGAAAAGUUAUAUGCAACAAAAAUCAGAGCAUGUCUCUCCUAUAAUACUAUAUUCUACACACUAGAUAGUUUAUGAACACAAAAACAUUGUACAAUAUUUGAUAUUAACACAACAAAAUCAUUAGUAUAAUUUAAAUAGUAAUUAUCCGCGCGUAGCGCAGAAAACGACCUAGUAUUAAUAAAAAUAUAUAAAUCUCUAACAUAGUUCAAAGAAUACUCUGUUAGAUAGUAAAUUUCCAUAAGACAGAUAGAAUUAUGGAUUGUGAAAUCAUUAUUUAAUAUUUUUCGUUAUAUGUAAUAUUAUAAUUAAUCAUUAAUAAAAAAAGUUUAAAUAAAAUAGAAGUCUAAAUCAUUUAUAAAUAGAAAAUGUACUUAAAACGCUUGUAAAUACUGAAACAAAACGUUAAAAGAAAACAGGCAACAUCAGCAUUUAAUUUAUGCAUUAAUUUAGCUCUUUCCUUUUUCUUGAUUACGAAACUAACCACACCUUCCUUCUGAUUACCACAACACUAAAUCCCUUUAGGAAUAUAAAAUCGACUUCGAAUCCACUCAACGAAUCAUCUUCAUAUUUUCUAAUUUUCCAACCGAGUUAAUUAAGCACUCUCUCUUGAUAAAACAUGUCUCCAAACGUUCUCCGGUGGUUUAGCCUCGUCGCAAUCCUCUGGCUUCAGUCUAUCAAUGGCACCAACCUGAGCUUUCCUGCUUACUCUUCACAGCUCAAAGAGUUUCUCUCAAUCUCUCAGUUUAAACUCAACUACCUCUCUUUCGCCUCCGACGCCGGAAAAGUCCUCGGUUUUAUCUCCGGGAUCGCCGCCGUUUAUCUUCCUCUGCCACUCGUCCUUCUCGCCGGUGGUUCUUUAGGUUUCGCCGGCUACGGUCUCCAGUAUCUCUGCAUCGUCAAAAAGAUGUUCACGUUGUCGUUUUACCAGAUCUGGGGCUUGAGUUUCUUGGCGGGGAACAGCAUCUGCUGGAUCAACACGGCUUGUUACAUCGUCGCCAUCAACAGUUUUCCAGUGAACCGUCAAGUUGCCGUGGGGAUCACGGCGAGUUAUCAAGGUUUGAGUGGGAAAAUCUACACCGACAUGGUUCAAACGUUCUUCUACUCGUCUCAACGCGAAGCUGCCUCUGGCUAUCUUUUGCUCAACUCUCUCGUCCCAUUGGUCGGUUGUCUCGUGACGGCUCCUAUGCUGAUGCGAGAAGCAAAAGCGACGUCGUCUUCGUCAUGGGAUAUUAACGUGGGGUUUAUUGUUUUGUUUGUUGUGACUAUAGCCACGGGGAUUUACGCUGUGGCUACGAGUCUUCUCACUGCUCCUGCGGUUUUAGUGCUCGUUGGCAUUGUUUUGUUUCUUCUUGCUCCUCUCGCUAUACCAGUUGGAGUGGGAGUCAAAGAGCUUGUUUCCGCUAGAAGAAGCCAACAAAAGGUACACGACUUGGAAGUUCCUAGUGAAGAAGAUCAAAAUAAAGAAGAGGAAGAAGAGUUUGAUGAGAAGGUGAUAGUUGGAGUUAAAGAAGAGGUUGAGUGGACAAAACUAUGUAAGAAACUCGAUUUUUGGAUUUACUUCGGUCUGUAUUUGUUCGGUCCAACGGUGGGGCUAGUGUUUAUGAACAACCUUGGUCAAAUAGCUGAAUCUCGCGGUUGUGCCGCGACCACUUCUUUGGUCGCUCUCUCGUCGUCGUUCGGGUUUUUUGGCCGCUUGCUUCCUUCGUUACUUGAUUACUUCCUCUCUAGGAACAAGUACAUGCCAUCAAGCCCGGUUUCUAUGGCGGUUUCAUUGGUAGCAAUGGUUGCUUCGUUUCUAGUCCUCCUCAUUGACUCCGACAUCGCUCUCUACACUAGCACGGCGAUUAUCGGUGUCUUCUUAGGAGCUUUGACUUCUCUCUCGGUCACAAUGACUGCCGAGCUUUUUGGGACAAAACACUUUGGAGUUAACCACAACAUCGUUGUAGGAAGCAUUCCGAUUGGUUCUUUCGGUUUCGGUUUAUUCGCCGCCAAAGUUUACCGUGAUGGAGCUGCCUUCGACGGACGUUUUGACGGAAAGUGUUAUGGGAUGUAUUGCUUUCAAACCACUUUCAUAUUUUGGGGAACGCUCUGCUCGAUCGCUGCCGUUCUCGCCGCCGUUUUAUAUCUACGCAACCGCAAGUUCUUCUCGUCUACGCGGUAGGAAAAAGAACAACAUAUUUUGAAGAAGAAAAACAGCGUUUUUCGCGGGUUAUUAUCCACGCAAGCUUUCACUUCAUCAAAGGGCAAAAGUUUUUUAGUACCAAACUAAUUUUUUGUAUACUUAUGCCGUUUGUUAAACCGAUGGUGAGUAAGUAAAAAAUUUUGUAUAG